GUGAGGAAGAGGAAGAGAAGGCGAAGGCGGGCGGCGCCGAGGCCGAGCGGCGCGGGGUGAAACGGCUCCGGGACGAGAAGGACGAGCACGGCCGCGCCUACCACGAGUUCCGUGAGGAGGCCUAUAACAGCCGAUCCAAAUCGCCGCCGCCGCCGGAGGAGGAACCGCCCGAGGGGGAAGAGGACGAGAGCCUCGUCAUCCUCGACACCUACACGUCGGACCUGCAGUUCCGGGCCAGCCGGGACCGUUACGGGGGCCAGCCGCUCUUCUCCGAGAGAUUCCCGGGGCUCUGGGCCGGAGCCCGCAGCACCCACGGCGUCACCCGGGGCAGGGUGUGCUUCCAGGCCAGGGUGAGACAACAGCCGGAACAGCCGGAAUAA